GGCGGUCCUUGAUAUUCGGUCGAACGCCUACGACCUCUAGAAAAUGGCGGCGGCUCCGGUCAAGUGACCGUUUUCGGCCAAUCAGCGGCCUCCACCUCAUAGGCGCCUGGCGGAUGUGCUGUGCUCGUCCGCUGGGGGGCAGUGUGCGCUCUGUUGUGUCCAUGGCUGCCCGGCUGCCGCUCCUCCUGCUCCCGCUGCUGCUGCUCUGCGGCCCCGCGCGCCCCAUCUCCUUCCAGCUGCCGCCCAAUGGCCGCAAGUGUCUGAGGGAGGAGAUUCACAAGGACGUGCUGGUCACCGGGGAGUACGACGUGUCCGAGCCGCACGGGCAGGGCCAGGUCCGCCUCAAG